UUGUUGUUUGUCUACCUAAGAUGGUGAAAGGGGAUCUAGAAAACGCCAUUUCUUCUCUUCCCCCUCUUUCCUUCCUUGUAUAUUUCGCCAUCGUUCUUCAGAGGAAGCCAUCAGAAGCUGUUGGAGCUACAAUUGAGUAGAGCAAGGACGCGCCGUUGUUGCUAAACCCAUUCCGUCCUCUGCCAUUGUUGCAACUCUCAGUCCAGACCUAAGGACGAAAUAACAAAAGGGCAGAACUGUCAGGGUCGCACGCUACGAAUUGGAGAAGUGGUUCUGUAGGGAGCAUUUUGAAAGAGAAGCCCUUUUCCUGCAGUACUACUAGUAGUUGGCGGUGGUUGGGUGGUUGUUGCUGAAGAGAGAGCGAAAAUGUGCAGGAGGUUCAUGGAGAUCCUGAGCGUGUCUCGCUCUCAGCAGAUUCAGUAAUAUGACGAGAGCCGUACUGGCAUUUCUCGCCUUCUACGCUGCCGUUGCUAGGUUUUUCAGCCGUUUCCAUUUCCAUUCUCGAGCCCGAUUUUGACUUUUCUCCAUGACUACUACUAAGCGUGCUUAUAAGCUACAGGAAUUCGUAGCUCAUUCUUUAAGCGUGAACUGCUUGAAGAUUGGACGCAAGUCAUCCAGGGUUCUUGUAACCGGAGGAGAAGAUCACAAGGUUAACCUUUGGGCCAUUGGCAAGCCCAAUGCCAUCUUGAGUUUGUCAGGUCAUUCAAGCGGAAUUGAUUCAGUUAGCUUUGAUUCUUCAGAGGUGUUGGUAGCUGCAGGAGCAGCAAGUGGUACUAUCAAGCUUUGGGAUUUAGAGGAGGCCAAGAUUGUUCGUACGCUCACUGGACACCGAUCCAACUGCAUAUCAUUGGACUUCCAUCCCUUUGGUGAGUUCUUUGCAUCUGGGUCUCUAGAUACAAACCUAAAGAUAUGGGAUAUCAGACGCAAAGGAUGUAUCCACACAUACAAAGGUCACAGUAGAGGUGUCAAUGCCAUCAGGUUCACUCCAGAUGGCCGAUGGGUUGUAUCUGGUGGGGAAGACAAUACUGUCAAGCUUUGGGAUUUGACUGCAGGAAAGCUUUUACACGAUUUCAAAUGUCACGAAGGGCAGAUUCAGUGCAUAGACUUUCAUCCCCAUGAGUUUCUACUGGCAACAGGUUCUGCCGACAGAACGGUAAAAUUCUGGGACCUAGAAACCUUUGAGCUCAUAGGUUCAGCUGGUCCUGAGACAUCAGGGGUGCGUUGUAUGACCUUCAAUCCCGAUGGGAGAACCCUUCUCUGUGGUUUGCAUGAGAGUUUGAAGGUAUGCUCUUGGGAACCAAUUAGAUGUCAUGAUACAGUAGAUGUUGGAUGGUCUCGGCUGUCGGAUCUUAAUAUUCAUGAAGAGAAACUCCUUGGCUGCUCUUACAAUCAAAGUUGUGUUGGAGUGUGGGUUGUGGAUAUUUCGCGUCUUGAACCAUAUGCAAUGGGUAAUACUGCUCGAUUAAAUGGUCACCCUGAUGUAAAACCGAAUUCGGGUGGGAAUUUAUCCAAUCUGGCGGAUGAUGGUACCAAAGCCAGUUCUGGUAGACUCUUGAUUUCUCAAAAUUGUGAUCCUGUUAAAGAGACCAAAUCUUUUGGAAGACUUUCAGUAUCACAAAACUUGGAGCUUCAAAGAGAUUCUAGGACCCUUACUACUACUGCAAGUGCACCUGGCACUCCUCAAAGAAUAAAUCUGAGUGUUGGUGCAAAAGCACCUCCAAUUAACACCACAGCAUUUCCUAAUACAACUGGUCUGAAGAGGAAUUCAGCUAAAGCCCAAUCAGCAGCUAAUUCUUCCAUUGUCAAUAGGUCAGAGGUCAUACCCAUUAUUGUUCCAAGAAAUAAUGACCGAAUGGAGCAAGUAUCUGAACCCAGGAAAGAAGGAGUUGCAACAAGGGCAAUGCAGCAGUCAUUGCAGACAAAAGUCUCCGAUUCACGGAGGUUUCCAACUUUCAAGGAAGACCUUGGGAAACCAAAUGCUGUGUCACAGUUUGACAUUGAAGUCCCCAAGGUUAUUGAAUUCAGUAGUACAGCAGACAAGAACAAUUUCCCUUCAGUAAUUGCUGUAGCUGCAGCAACUGAGAAGAAUGUGAAGGAUGACAAGAGUCUGGUCUCAGCAAAACUUGAAACGCAUUCAGUACCUGAGUUAUUUUCUGGAAACCAAAAUGAAAAUUAUGAAACACGUGGAAAUGUCAUUAGUAGGAGUGCUUAUCCCAUAGAAGGUCAAAGAAGAGCAAGGACACGGUCUGUUGUUGCAAAUUGGGAGAGGAGAGACAGGAUCCCAUCUCACGAGGGUCUUGCUUCCAACAAUGUUGUUGGGAUAGUACCUGCUCAGAAUAUGCUUUCCACCAACUUGAGAGGGCAUCCUUCGUCAGCUGAAAGUGUAACAGUUUCUGCUACAGAUGAGGAUACCAUCACUGACUUGUUGGAACAGCAUGACCAAUUUGUUGGCUUAAUGCAAUCUCGUUUGGCCAAAUUACAGGUUGUCUGUCAGUACUGGCAAAGGCAUGACAUUAGAGGGGCACUUAGUGCAAUGGAGAAGAUGGCAGAUACUGCUGUGCUUGCUGAUGUAAUUAGCUUUUUAACAGAGAAAAAUGAUAUUAUUACAUUAGAGAUUUGCACGUGCCUUCUACCACUCCUUGUGGGAAUGCUUGAGAGCAGCUUGGAUAGGCAUCAGGAUAUUUCACUGAAUAUGCUGCUCAAAUUUGUUAAAGUAUUUGGUUCAGUGAUUUAUUCUUCAUUGUCUGCGCCAGCAUCAGUUGGUGUUGAUAUUGAGGCAGAGCAAAGGAUGGAUCGCUACAAUCUUUGUUUUGUUGAGCUUGAAAAAGUCAAACAUUGGCUGCCCACUCUUACAAGAAGGGGAGGGUCCAUUGCCAAGUCCGCACAAGAGCUGAGUCUAGCACUUCAAGAUGUUUCGUGAGUUAAGGGCAGUAUUGCUUGGAUUAGUAAGAGUUAUAUUUUGGACAAUAACCGUGAUAUUGCUCAUAUGGAGUGGCUUUUGGAGCUCUAGAGCGGCCUGCACUGUAUGUUUUUUUACCUUGCAGAGCUAGCGUCCUGUAUGUAUAUUCCUGCCAAGAUGAAAACAUUGACGACUCAUUCUUUGAUUAACUGAUUGGUGAUAGCUAGGGGACAACUGCUCUGCACUGCUGCUGCUCCAAAUGUCGCUGGUGGUUGAACCUGCACGGUGGAGGAUCCAUCAUAUUUAUUCUCAUCUAACCCUGAAUACCUGAUAUUCACAUGUUGAUUUGUAAUUAUAGGCUACUUGAGUAAAAUCAUGUAUCCAUAUGAUAAUUUCUGUAUCAAUACAAGGGUGUCUAAGCCAAGUGAAAUCUGGAAAAUCUUGUCAGUUAUACGGCCUUUCUAACCAGUCUCGGGCAUGACACAAAGGAUGGUGUGAAAUCUACGUUACAGCUUGUAUUUGAAAAAAAAAAUGCAAAUUGUCUUUGCUAGUGUUGGUUAUAA